AUGACUGCGCUGAGAUUUGUCAAGUCUGUCUGGGAGUCCUUCCGGGCUACUUCGGGUCUAGAGCCUCGGCUGUUGAAUAAUCUCCGCGUCACUGCGGCCAAACCCGGAACUGUCAACUUUGAAUUGGAUAUCCAGAAGGAACACACAAACCGCCUGAACAUCCUUCAUGGAGGUACUAUUGCGAGCAUGGUGGACCUUGGAGGUUCCCUGGCCGUUGCCUCUCGUGGACUCUUCGCGACUGGCGUGUCCACUGAUCUGAACGUUACUUAUCUCAGCUCCGGCGGUAAGGUUGGUGAUAAAAUCAUGGCGGAGGUAACCUGCGACAAGUUCGGCAAAUCCCUCGCAUACACCAACAUCAAGUUCACGAACAACAAGGGUGAAGUUGUUGCUCGAGGAAGCCACACGAAAUAUGUUAGCUUUGCUUGGAGGGAUCCCCAGAAUAUUGUGGAGGAAAUCAAUAAGCUUCAGUAG